UUGCUGUUGAAGUCGCCUCAGUUCGAUUCCAGUACUCCGAUGCACUUAACCGAGUGCCGUGGGCCAGAUUCCAUGUAAGAUGUCCGUGUGCGCCCUGAAUCCCAAUCCAACUCCGAAUCCAAAUCCAAACCAGAAUCCCAGCCAGAAGCAACAGCAGAAGCCGUCGAGUCCCAAGCCCCGACCCGGGUCACUGAUAACCGGAAACGGUAACGGGAAUCUUCGUAGCGGCAAGGGUCUGAUCACCCCGCCCACUCCGCCUCCGUCGCCCCAGGUCCGGAUCUACGAGGACUUUGACAGGAUGAGUGCCAAGGAGGUGUACUACAACGAGGCCGGCAAGAAGGUCACCGUGAAGUUGCUCCACUUUCCGGAUGUGCCGCCGGAGGAGAUCUCCAAACUGAAGUUCGAAGAUGAUGACGAGGACGAGGAUGAGGACGAUGAGGUGGUGGACCUGGAGGACGACCCGGACGAGAACGGGGAAGCAGCCGAUGGCGAGGAGGCGGACGAGGACAGUGACUCCGGCGGAAAGCCCAAAACUCCAGAAUCUAGCGAGGCGGAGAAACCCCCCUCGGAGGGUGGGGCCGGCAAUCCCAAGAAGAUCUUUCGACGCAAGCUGUCCGGAAACAAUAUGCAGACCAGGAAGUGUAGUCUGGCCUUCGCCCAGGCCCACGGCAUCCGGCAGCGGGCCGAGAAGAAGCUAUCGAUGCCCACCAUCAGCAUAACGGCCAAUUCCGGUGAUCAUGUGGCCGGCACCCAUCUCCAGAACGGCGGUCUCCGGCUGAGUCUCGGCCGGAAGCUCUCCCACCAGUACUCCGUGCCACUUGGCUCACCGACCUCCCCGGUCUCGGGUCCCCGCCGGUCCCACUCGCCGCUGGGCCAGAGCCUCUGUCCCGGCUACAUCCAGUACUCCAAGUCCCUGCUGGAGGUGCCCAUGCCGCGGGACUACGGCUAUGCCAGCAGCGACGAUCUCAGCUCCGAGUGGGACUCGGAUGUGUCCACCUCGGCGGCCGGCUCCGCUGCGGGCUCGGGCUCCUCGGGUUCUUCUUCCACCACAGCCGGCGGAUCGGGUCAUAAGAAGAGCUCCGGCUGGCGCAAGAUCCGGAAUAUUGUACAGUGGACACCCUUCUUCCAGACGUACAAGAAGCAACGGUAUCCAUGGGUCCAGCUGGCAGGACAUCAGGGGAACUUCAAGGCGGGCCCCGAGCCGGGCACCGUUCUCAAGAAGCUCUGCCCCAAGGAGGAGGAGUGCUUUCAGAUCCUCAUGCAAGACCUCCUGCGACCCUAUGUCCCUGUCUACAAGGGUCAGGUGACCAGCGAGGAUGGUGAAUUGUAUCUCCAACUACAGGAUCUGUUGAGCGACUAUGUCCAGCCCUGUGUGAUGGACUGCAAAGUGGGUGUGCGCACCUACCUGGAGGAGGAGCUGUCCAAGGCCAAGGAGAAGCCCAAGCUGCGCAAGGACAUGUACGACAAGAUGAUCCAGAUCGAUGCCAAUGCCCCCACCGCCGAGGAGCAUGCCGCCAAGGCGGUCACCAAGCCACGAUACAUGGUCUGGCGGGAGACCAUCUCCAGCACAGCCACCUUGGGUUUUCGCAUUGAGGGCAUCAAGAAGAGCGACGGCACUAGUUCCAAAGAUUUCAAAACGACCAAGUCACGCGAACAAAUCAAGCUGGCCUUCGUCGAGUUCCUCAGCGGUCAUCCCCAUAUUCUGCCCCGGUACAUCCAGCGUUUGAGGGCCAUCCGGGCCACCCUGGCCGUGUCGGAGUUCUUCCAGACGCACGAGGUGAUCGGGAGCUCCCUGCUCUUCGUCCACGACCAGACCCAUGCCAGCAUCUGGCUGAUCGACUUCGCCAAGACGGUGGAGCUGCCGCCCCAGCUACGGAUCGAUCACUACUCGGCCUGGAAGGUGGGCAACCAUGAGGAUGGCUAUCUCAUCGGGAUCAACAAUCUAAUCGACAUUUUCGUCGAACUCCAGGCGACGAUGGAGUCGGUUCCGGACUCUGGACCCACCCCAGACCCCCAGGAUCAUGGAGACGAGGCGAAACGGGAUAACGAUAUAGACGACGACGACGAUAAACCCUAAAUGGGUUUUCUGGGGCUGGGCCCCGUCCAAAAAAAAAAAAGACACUUCCAUAACCCGAAUCGAUUAACCCCCAAUUCUAGACUAAGUUAGCUGAUAGUUUUCCACUUUUUUUUUAAACUUUUUUUUUUUCAUUCUUAACCCCCUAAAUUCGCCUUGAACUCUACUGCGUCUGCGUACACACUUUUAACCCAUUAAGUUUAAAAUCAAAGACUGAAACCCACACUAUACAUACAUACAUAUAUGUCUUAGAGAGUAUGUACAUUGUGCUGAAGCUGAUGCUGAUAUACUGCUACCGCUGCUGUUGUUCUGAAGUGUAAUUUAUUUAUCCAAAAACAAAAAAAAAAAAACAAAUACUUGACCACCUCUAUCGAGUAGCACCCGCGAGCAGACACCCGACUAUCCUAAUUAUCCCUCGAAGUGUAACUAAGGAAGCCCAUCAAUACACAACAAUAGCCUAGGCUAAGCCAUUAAUAUUAUGUUUAUGCUACUACCUACUAAAUACUACUAAUUGUGCACUAUUAAAUUCAUUUAAACCAGAA